AUGGAGAAAUUAAUAGAGUCGGGUUCUAAGCUUGGGUUGGAAGGUAAAAAUUUGUUAGAUUUUGUAACUCAACAGCAGAAUAUAGAGCGCGAAGAAAGACAGAGAGAACGUGAGUUCAAAAGGGUAGAGAUUGAGAGAGGGCUUGAAGAGAAAAAGAAGGCUAUGCAGCUUGAAGCUGAUAGAAAAAGACAGCAGGCUGAGUUUGAAGAAAAUGAAGCUCAGCGAAAACAUGAGUUAGAAAUGAAACAACUUGAGUUAAAAGGUGCUCUAAGUAGAAGCCCUGAUAGUAGGUACACUGAUUUAGCAAAAUCACCUAAGCUUCCUGCUUUUGUUGAUGGGAAGGAUGAGUUGGAUAGCUAUUUGUUGCGUUUUGAGCGUUUUGCCGCAAGCAAUGAGUGGGAUAAAUCCAAAUGGGCUACGUCAUUAAGUGCGUUGUUAACUGGUAAAGCUUUAGAUGUAUAUUCUAGGCUUUCAGAUAUGGCAGCAUCCGAUUAUGGGUUGGUUAAAGAAGCUUUGCUAAAAAGAUAUGAAUUGACGGAGGAGGGCUAUAGAUUGAGGUUUAUGAAUUUCAAGCCCGAGAAUGGGGAUGUAUCCAUACGCAUGCGCGAGAAGCAGCCUAGAACUCUUGAUGAGUUGGCUAAGUAUGCUGACCGUUACUUAAUUGCUCAUGACAGGAAGUUGACCUCCCCUUGCGACUUCCCAUGUAUAAAAUCUCAGAUGCCGGGUGGUCAGGAAAUCAAUUCUGAUGUUCAGUGUUAUAAAUGCAAAGAGUAUGGUCAUAUGUCUCGAGAGUGCAAAGUGAGGCCUUCACAGGGUUACGGGGUCAGAUGUUAUAAUUGUGGCCGUUUGGGACACAGAUCUGUUACAUGUCGAUUUUCAACAAGGUUUGGUGAUAGGCCUAAUGUGAGAAAAGUCGGUGCUGCUGUGGUUGAUUUAGGUGGUGAUGCAGAACAGGAAGGUGAAAUUAGUGCAGUAUGUUUAGUGCAACCCAAGUUCACAACCAAGGCUGAUAUUGAAUCUUGUAUUGAUGGUGGCGAGCUUUUGUUGGCUGGCGGAAAGAGAAUACCACUAGUCCAUAAUGCCUGUUUCCAACAAUCUGUUAAAUCUAAAACCAAAAUGCCUGUGGUAAAAGGAAGGAUUGGAGAGAAAGUAGUUACCACAUUGAGGGACACUGGCUGUAGUGGUGUGGUAGUAAAAAGAGAUUUUGUUAGUGACAACCAGUACACUGGAAAGUUUUGUUGUAUGCUCAUGAUAGAUAAUACUGCACGUACUGUACCUAUAGCUAAGCUUUAUGUAGACACCCCGUAUUUCACUGGUGAGGUGGAGGCACAGUGUUUGCCUGAUGCUAUUUAUGAUCUAGUCAUUGGUAAUGUUGAAGGAGCCAGGGCACCAGAUGAUCCUGACCCACAAUGGCAAGAAAUGUGUGCAGUGGCUACUCGUGCUAUGGCUAAGAAAGGUAACAAAAUAGUCCCUCUGUGUGUACCUGAUGGGGGUAAGUCAUUAGAUGUAAGUAAGGCUCAGCUAGUAAAAUUGCAGCAUGACGAUCCAUCUCUCAGUAAAUAUUGGUCCUUGAAGGAACCUAAGUUUAAAGGUAACCAGGAAGUUAUGUUUCUGGAGAAAGGCGGUAUACUAUACAGACAGUUUACUCAUCCUCAUGUGAAUCAGGGUAGGCCUGUUAAGCAGAUGGUUGUACCUAUGCCAUUGCGUAACCAGGUCAUGAUGGUGGCGCAUGAUUCGAUAACGGGAGGGCAUAUGGGCGUAAAGAAAACUAGUGAUAGAGUCCUGAGCAAUUUCUACUGGCCAGGAAUACAUGGUGACAUAACAAGAUUCUGUAGAUCUUGUGAUAUUUGCCAGAGAACGGUACCUAAACGUAAAAUUGCAAAAGUCCCCCUUCAGAAGAUGCCACUGAUAGAUGUGCCGUUCAAAAGGGUUGCUAUUGAUUUAGUUGGUCCUAUUCACCCUCCUAGUGAAAAAGGUCAUAAGUACAUCUUGACAUUAGUAGACUAUGCUACCAGGUAUCCAGAGGCAAUACCCCUGAAACAUAUCAGUACAGAGGAUGUAGCUGAAGCACUGGUUGAUAUGUACAGUCGCCUAGGUAUACCAGAGGAGAUUCUACAUGACAUGGGAACUCAGUUCGUGUCAGAGUGUAUGUGUGAAGUUUCUCGUCUGUUGAGUAUUAGACAACUGUCAACCACCCCUUAUCAUCCAAUGUGUAAUGGGCUGGUUGAAAAGUUUAAUGGUACGUUAAAAGCAAUGUUGAAGCGUUUGUGCAGUGAGCAGCCAAAGCAGUGGCACCGCUACAUCAAUGCAUUGUUAUUCGCCUAUAGAGAAGUGCCCCAAGAAUCAACAGGUUUUGCUCCAUUUGAGCUGAUGUAUGGGAGGACUAUCAGAGGUCCUAUGCAUAUUUUGAAGCAACUCUGGACGACAGAGACUGAGGAACCAGAAAUUAGAAACAGUUAUCAGUAUGUGUUUGAGUUAAGAGAGCGCUUGGACGAAACACUGAAAAUUGCACAGGUAGAGAUGCAGAAAUCCCAGCAACGGUACAAGCACUACUAUGAUAGGAAGGUGAAAGUCAGAAGGUUUCAACCUGGACAAACGGUUCUUAUUCUACUACCAACUGAUAGUAACAAGUUAUUAAUGCAGUGGAAGGGGCCAUAUGAAAUUGAUAGUGUGAUUGGUGUAAAUGACUAUAGAGUAAAGGUACGUGGACAGUACAAAACUUAUCAUGCUAACUUGCUGACGAAGUAUAUUCAACGAAAUGAGCAGAGUAGUGAAGCUGCUGACAAUCUGCCUGUCUUGGGCAUUGCUAGUGCAGCUGUCAUAGAGUAUGAAGAGUCUUUAGAUGAAGACGCUGUACAGGAUGAUGACUUGUUGGUGCUGAAUUCUUGCAUGUCAAAGGAGUCAGUAGCUGACGUGAAGUAUGGCAGGAACCUGACUCAUGAUCAGGAGCAAUCAGUUCGCUGUCUAGUGCACGAGUAUAAGCACAUAUUUACAGACCUACCUGGCACUACCAACCUUAUCCAGCAUCGUAUUCAACUGAGAACCGAUGAACCUAUAAGAUCGAGGCCUUACCCGGUGCCAUAUAGUGUACGAGAGUCUUUGAAAGAGGACAUUCAAAGUAUGUUGAAGAUGGGAGUUAUAAGAGAAACCGAAUCCCCAUACGCAUCACCUGUCGUGAUAGUACGCAAAAAAGAUGGAUCGAAUCGUAUAUGUAUUGACUACCGAAAACUAAACAAGGUAACAGUGUUUGAUCCAGAGCCAAUGGUGACGGCAGAUGAUAUGUUCCAAUAUCUCAGUAAAGACAAGUACUUUACUAAGGUGGAUCUUAGUAAGGGGUUUUGGCAGGUUCCUGUGGCGGGGGAGGACAUACACAAAACAGCUUUUGUUACCCCAGAUGGUACCUACGAGUUUUUGAAAAUGCCAUUCGGAAUGAUGAAUUCUGGUGCAACCCUGGUCCGUGGUGUCAGAAAGAUGUUGAGUGGGAUGUGUAAGGUGGUUAGUUAUGUUGACGAUAUUUUGGUUCACACCAUCACUUGGUGUGAACAUAUAACUACACUCAAAGAGUUGUUCAGCAGGAUGGCUGAUGCUCAGCUUACUGCUAGACCAUCCAAGUGCAUAAUAGCUUCUGAUGUUAUUGAUUUCGUCGGUCAUCGAGUUGGUCAGGGUUUUCUGAGUCCACACGAGGAUAAUGUAAAAAAGGUUAGAAAUGUUCCUCGGCCCAUGACUAAGAAGGAAGUCAGGUCGUUUCUUGGUCUAACUGGAUUUUACAGGGAGUAUAUACCUAACUAUGCAGCUAUUGCAGUACCAUUAACUGAUUUAACAAAGAAUGGCCAACCCAUCAAAGUUGUGUGGGGAGAAGCACAAGAGAAGGCUUACCGAACUCUUAUCCAUAUAAUAACCAGUAAACCUAUAUUGAGGUUGCAUGAUUCACACAAGCCUUACGUGUUACGUACAGAUGCUUCUGAUAUUGGGAUUGCAUCAGUCCUGUUACAAGGUCAUGAUGGAAAGUUAUUCCCUGUGAGUUAUGCUAGCAAGAAGUUGUCACAAAGAGAAAAGGCAUAUUCGACUAUCGAAAAGGAAUGCUUGGCGAUCGUGUGGUCUGUAAAGAAGUAUAUGAUGUAUUUGUAUGGAACCCAGUUCAUUCUCCAGACAGACCAUCAGCCGUUAUUGUAUGUUGACAAGGCUAAAUUCAUCAACGACAAAGUAAUGCGAUGGGCAAUGUUUCUGCAGAACUACCGAUUUACCGUUGAAUGUAUUAAGGGCUCAGAUAACCAUGGAGCUGAUUUUCUAAGUAGAGCAGUUUAA